AUAUGAACACCCAUUCAUAGCGGGCACAUACAAUGGCAAACUCUUUCUUUAAUAUGCCAAUUUCCGUCAUCACUUUCUUCUUCUUCUUCUUCUACCUCCUUCUCUUUACCAUCCCCAAAACCACUGCUGCAAACCACACCAUAUCUCACUCCCAGUCUCUAACCGAAAACCAAACCUUACUUUCCAUCAACACAACCUUCCAACUUGGUUUCUUCACUCCUAACAACUCUAAAAACCGCUACCUCGGCAUAUGGUACAACAAUCUCCCGGUUCAAACCGUGGUAUGGGUCGCGAACCGAGAGAAACCAAUCACAACAAACAUCCCUUCUGUUUUGAAGAUAAACACCACACAAAACAGCACCACACUUGUCGUCCUCCAGAACAACUCUGUUAUAUGGUCUACACCGCCGUCGAGACGCGCUUCCAAUCCGGUUCUUCAGCUACUGGACUCAGGGAACCUUGUUUUGAGAGAACAAGAUGAUAAAACUGAAAAGAACUAUUUAUGGCAGAGUUUUGAUUACCCUUCUGACACGCUUCUUUCAGGGAUGAAGCUAGGGAAGAACUUGAAAACCGGCCUGGAUCGACGCGUGACCGUGUGGAAAACCGUGGAUGAUCCUUCACUGGGAAACUUAACUUGGAUGAUGGAAGUUACAACCUGGCCACAUCCAAUACAAACAACAGGAUCAAAGAAACAAUUCGACAGUGGACCGUGGAAUGGAUUGGUCUACAGCAGCAUGCCAACCAGAGUUCGCCAACCAACUUUCGAUUAUGUCUAUGUCUCCAAUGAGGAUGAAGUUUACUUCAUGUUCCAUCUUGUUAACAACUCUGUUCCAACAAGAAUGGUGCUGGAUGCAACUUCUUACAAGCGUCAGUACUCGGUUUGGGACUACGGUUCGCAAGAAUGGAAGGCUUAUAACUCGCUGCCGCGAGAUUUUUGCGAGCAAUACGGCGUUUGCGGCCCCAAUGGGAACUGUGAUUUGUCAAAGUUGCCUGCUCAGGCAUGUGAUUGUUUGAGAGGGUUUAGGCCCAGUAUGAAA